CUGAAUAAUAGACAUAGCAGCGACAUUUGUUGUAAUUACCACUCCUCUGCCAUGGAUAUGGAUAACCUACCUCCACCGCUAAUCCUUGAAAUCCUCAGCCGACUAGCUGACUCAAUAGACCUAGCUCGUUGCCGAGUCGCCUCGAAAACCCUCAACACACUCUCUCGCGAUGUCCGAUCCAUCAAUCUCAAUUGCUCCUUCGAUCGUUACACCAAGUCCCGAUCUCCUGACAUACGGGAUUCCAUUACACCCUUCAAGCGAAUCUUCAAUAAACUGAUUUCUGAAUUGAGCAUUGUGGAGGCCAUUUCCAUUGGGGUCGAGAAACCUUUCGAAACAUUGGAUAAGACACCGUUAGGAUAUGUGAAUGAUUUGUACUUGACGGAUGUUAAUUUUGUUGCCCACUGGUUGCCUAAGGUUAACGAAAAGUUGAGAGCUCUUUCCAUAUCGGACUUUUGGGUUCAAUCUCGUUGGCGACCAUCAAAUAUCCUUGCUCUUAUCUCUUCCCAUUGCCAUCAUCUUCUUGAAUUAGAGAUUAAGAAUUCUUGGCUGUCAGUGGAUGGUUUGCUUCUGAUGCCCAAGCUUACAACUUUGACUCUGGAAUUUAUUACGUUGGAUGAUGAAAACCUAGAGAAGGUGAACCAGUGCUUCCCAUAUUUGCAAGUUCUGAAUCUGAUUGGGGUCGAAGGACUUAAAGAACCUAAGAUUCAUCUCGAGCACCUCAAACAUUGUCAUUGGACAGUAUCAAAUGGCCCACGUUCUGUGACUAUAGUUGCACCCAAACUUGUCCAACUCAAUCUUCUUUGUGUGAAGCCAAAUGGCCCACGUUCUGUGACUAUAGUUGCACCCAAACUUGUCCAACUCAAUCUUCGUUGUGUGAAGCCAAAGAUGCUUGUUAUUGAUACCCCAUUCCUGUCUUAUCUACACCUCACUCUCCAGGGAGCACGCAGCUUCAAAGUGCAAGAGUUUCACAACUUGGAUACCCUGCAUCUUGAGUCACCCGACCUUGGCAACCUGCUUUGCUCAUUUCAAUUUGGUAGAACCGCUAACAAUUUAGUGUUGGGUGCAAAAAAUCGGACAGAACUAUUAGGACAGAUAACAUUUUGCUUUGAAAUGCUGUUUGUUGAAUUUCCUAAUGUUAAAGCUAUCACUGUAGCACCUCAAGUUUGGGCAGCGUUUCAGUGGAACUUUUCUGUUGGUGAUUUAGAAUUAGAAGUGAGGACAUAUCCCAAGGGGUUGAAAGAGAUUACUGCAUAUUUGAUGAUGCUUAAUGUUGAUGUGACAUUAAAAUUCAUUUCCCAUAUAGUGAAUAUUUGCACUAGCUUAUGUGACAUGGCAUUGUUUAUUCCCCGUGGUCUUCGCUCUAAUGAUGCCAGCGACUUCAUAACAAAGUGCACUGCCCAAUGUUCGAAGGUAAGAUUGAGAUGGGGAACAUGGAAAGAAGGAACAAAAGAUGCUUGGAUUUCUGAUGGCGUGUAGACAUUCAGACUGCCUGAAGCUUCCUUUGCAAUUAGAAAGAAGAUUGAUUAUCUGUUUGGAUGUUCAACUCUACUCGACAAGAACAUUGCUUCCUUCGGACAACACGAAAGCUAUAGAAAUGCAAAAUUUAGCCUGUACUGUUAGUGCCAGGGUAAGCUUUCUGGUUGCUUGGUUUUUCGCUGGCUUCAUUUGCUGCCUCUUUGCCCUUUUGGAAUGAUUAAAAGUUUAUUUCCCACCACAGUAUUCCGCAGGCCCUUGAGAAUUAGUUCAGGCGAUUGGAUUAAAUUGCUUGGUAUUACGACAGAUUUUGUCUUGUGUAGAUUUUUUGAUUGAGCAAAUGUGAUGUAAAUUCUAUAGAAUUCACAACUGAUGUCCUUAGUUGUGAUCGGUUUUGUGCUUAAAAAUGUCACCGUUGAUGCUGUGAAUUUGUAACCCCAACAAGAAUCUUUUGCCAUUAAAAUUUAUUUAUUGAUGUAAAAUUUAACAAAUAUAGAAUUAAGU